AUGACGUAAAAACAAAGCGACAUUCAUCUAUGAAGAAACUACAAAAUGGCGUCUUACUGUAGGACUGUAACCAGGCUUCGGCUGGCUCUGGGGACCGGUGUGAGGCGCUUUCAUGUCUCGGCGGCUUUCAACGCCAGGGCCAAGGUGGCCAUGAGUCACUUUGAGCCAGGCUCCAGCAUUAACUAUGAGAAGCUGCACGAGAACGUCAGCAUCGUACGCAAGAGGUUGAACAGGCCUCUCACUCUCUCUGAGAAGAUCGUUUAUGGCCACCUGGAUGAUCCAGCAGGUCAGGAGAUCGACCGAGGACGCACUUACCUACGCUUGCGUCCGGACCGCGUGGCCAUGCAGGAUGCUACAGCCCAGAUGGCCAUGCUGCAGUUUAUAAGCAGUGGGUUGCCCAAAGUGGCCGUUCCCUCCACUAUCCACUGUGAUCACCUGAUCGAGGCUCAGAUCGGGGGGGCUCAGGACCUGCAAAGGGCAAAGGAAAUAAAUCAGGAGGUGUACAACUUUCUUGCAACUGCUGCAGCAAAAUAUGGUGUUGGCUUCUGGAAGCCAGGCUCAGGGAUCAUCCACCAGAUCAUCCUGGAGAAUUACGCCUAUCCUGGAGUGAUGCUGAUUGGUACCGACUCACACACGCCCAAUGGCGGUGGACUGGGUGGCAUCUGUAUCGGAGUGGGUGGGGCUGAUGCUGUUGAUGUCAUGGCUGGAAUUCCUUGGGAGCUCAAAUGCCCCAAAGUGAUUGGAGUUAGACUGACAGGAACUCUGUCUGGCUGGACCUCCUCGAAAGAUGUGAUCCUGAAGGUGGCCGGCAUCCUGACUGUGAAAGGAGGCACAGGAGCCAUCGUGGAGUAUCACGGACCUGGAGUCGACUCCAUCUCCUGCACGGGAAUGGCCACUAUCUGUAACAUGGGCGCUGAAAUUGGAGCCACGACGUCUGUUUUUCCAUAUAACCACCGCAUGAGGACGUACCUGGAGAAAACCGGUCGUGGAGACAUCGCUUCAGUUGCUGAUACCUUUAAAGAGGAUCUGGUGCCAGAUGAGGGCUGUGAAUACGAUCAAACCAUUGAGAUCAACCUGAGUGAGUUGAAGCCCCACAUGAACGGACCGUUCACCCCGGACCUGGCCCACCCCGUGUCCGAGAUCGGGGCCGUAGCUAAGAAGAGCGGUUGGCCCCUGGAGGUUAAAGUUGGUCUGAUUGGCAGUUGCACCAACUCUAGCUAUGAAGACAUGGGAAGAGCAGCUUCUCUGGCCAAGCAGGCUCUGGAUAAAGGACUCAAGUGCAAGUCCCAGUUCACCGUUACCCCUGGAUCAGAGCAGAUCCGCGCCACUAUUGAGAGGGACGGAUAUGCCAAGAUCCUGACUGAUGUUGGAGGCACGGUACUCGCUAACGCCUGUGGUCCCUGCAUCGGACAGUGGGACCGGAGGGAUGUGAAGAAAGGAGAGAAGAACACGAUCGUCACAUCUUUCAACAGGAACUUCACAGCCAGGAACGAUGCUAAUCCAGCCACUCACGCUUUCGUCACCUCUCCUGAGAUCGUCACUGCUCUGGCUCUCGCUGGGACUCUCAACUUUAACCCGGAAACCGACUACCUGACUGCCCCCAAUGGGGAGAAGUUUAAGCUGAACCCCCCCACCGGUGACGAGCUUCCCUCGAGGGACUUUGACCCAGGGCAGGACACCUACCAGCACCCCCCCGCAGAGGGCAGCUCAGUCAAAGUGGAUGUAAACCCCUCCAGCACCCGUCUGCAGCUGCUGGAGCCCUUCGACAAGUGGGAUGGAAAAGACCUGGUGGACAUGAGGAUCCUCAUCAAGGUGAAGGGGAAAUGCACCACCGACCACAUCAGCGCGGCCGGGCCCUGGCUGAAGUUCCGUGGUCACCUGGACAACAUCUCCAACAACCUGCUGAUCGGCGCCGUUAACGUGGAGAACAACGCCGUCAACAAGGUGAAGAACCAGCUGACAGGAGAGUUUGGAGGUGUGCCAGACGUGGCCCGCUUCUACAAGGCCAAUGGCGUGAACUGGGUAGUGGUUGGCGAUGAGAACUACGGCGAGGGUUCCAGUCGAGAGCAUGCCGCUCUGGAGCCACGUCACCUGGGAGGACGAGCUAUCAUCGUCAAGAGCUUCGCCAGAAUCCACGAGACUAAUCUGAAGAAGCAGGGCCUGCUGCCGCUGACCUUUGCCGACCCCAGCGACUACGACAAAAUUCUUCCAGAUGAUAAGAUUUCCAUCAGCGGCCUGAAAUCCUUCGCCCCUGGAAAGCCACUGACCGCAGUGAUCACACACUGUGACGGGAGCCAGGAGACCAUCUCACUGAACCACACCUUUAAUGAAACACAGAUUGAAUGGUUCAAGGCCGGCUCUGCCCUCAACAGAAUGAAGGAGCUUCAGUAAUCAUGAAGAAGAGUGGAGGGUUGUCAGCCGUGAUUUAGGCUGUAGUAAAACAGCCAACACACACACACACACACACACACACACACACGGUCGCUGUAAUGAUGGAAGCGCACACACACACACAUCAGCACUUAAAUGUAGAAAUGGGAUUACUGGUAAGCCCUCCUGGUUCACAUGCUAGAUUACACAAAGUUCUCCAACGACACACAUCUAUUUCACGUCUAUACUAACAGAACCCAUCCCAUUUUAAACGUUCCUUUUGUCUGUAACGGUGAACUAAAGCAGAUUAUCUAUUUUCUAACUCUGUAAACACACUUAUAGGAGUGUACAUAAGUGAUAAAUCUUGUCUUCACUACUCCAGAUGUUUUUUUUCUCCAUUCAAUGGAAAACACUGAAGGACUCAUCAAACCAGUAGGUGGUGAAAACGUCCACAUUAACACCACAUCAACAUGUAGUUAAAGAACAUUUACAGAUUCGAUUCAAAUCAGCUCACAAUCGGUGUUUAAUGGAGUCAGGAUCUGGAUAAAGUCGACUCAUGAAAAGGCAGCAAGAAGUGAGUUUUUAAAAAUGUCCAUUUUGGGUUAGGGUCAGUCCACGUCAGUUUUAUUUCUAAAGCAAAUUAAAACAACCAGAAACAAAGAUAACGCUUCCUUCAUUGAGCCAACAAAUGAAAGCAACCAUUUAUCUCCCUCUGUGGAGAGCAGCUGCUAAAAUGGCAUCCUUCUUCCACACUGUUGGCUACAGCGCCCUCUGCUGACUGCUUUGUUUUCUUGCUCUUGCAGGAUAUUUCUGCCACAUUAAUCACAAAGCUCUCCAUCCUUCCACUAGACACUAUAAAACCCUUCUGUCAGCAACCCAGAACCAAUCCAGCUAUUGUUUUAAUCUCUUUUUCUGUUGGUCUUGUGUGAAAAUGAUAGUUUCUGAUUAUCCGUGGCUCUGUGGGACCUAACUGGGCGUGUUUGUCUCUGAUUUUUAGUUGAGUCCUCCUUUAUUCUUCUCACAGAAGAAGCUAACGCACAAUCUAGUUGAUUUACCUGGACAGAAGCUCUUAUAUCUGUGAACUUUAUCCACAUUACUUUGUUUUUUAGUCUCUUUAAGACUGAAACACAACAAUCAUCGGAACGACUCAGACAUAUUCAGUCAUAUUUUUUCCAUGACGUUGGAGCUGAUUUCAGCAGGUUUGGGGAGAUUAAAUUAUCCCCCUUAUGCAGAAAGUGUAGAUUCACUUCUUUAUUUUGCUGUUUGAAUCAGUUGCUAUAGUAACCAGCUAAGUCACUGAUUUAGGAUUUGUUUGUAAAUGAUGUGGUGUACAGCUGUGUUUUGUAUAGGAGUGUACAUAAGUGAUAAAUCUAUAUGUAUAUGAAUAAAAGUACUGAGCUAUAGGAUGAUGCUGUGAGCUGCCUGUGUCUGUGACGUUUAGCAUCACUGGAACAUUUGUAUUAAAAUGAGAGUUUUAUGUGAAAAGGGAACCUUUGAUGGAUCCGUCUUGAUUUCUCUAACGUGUUUUUGUUGUUUAAUUGAUCAGAAACUUUUGGGUAUAAAUGACUCCUCACACUCCUUCAGCGAAACAGAAAUUUAAAGAGGAAGUCACUCCAAAUCAACAUUGUUUUGCUGAUAAACUAUAUAAAUGAGUGUCUAAUUGUGUAGUCAAUAAUUCGGCACUUUAGUGCAUCUUAGUUAAAAUUAAAACAUUCUGCCUAAAACUGUCAGCGAUGCACCGUCAUCAGGCAAAAACUCAGCACUGCAUUGGAAUUUAAAUCUGCCAUCGCUAUUGGCUAAGAGGUACACUAUGAUGUUAGAUGGUAAAUUAUGAUGUCACAAUGUUGUGAACGUGUGUAUUUGUUAGCGGCUCCGCCCUCUCGGUCUGCUAGGCAACAGCAUUUGUUGCAUUUUUCAAACAGGAAGUGGGAGUUGAGUAAGAAUCUGGUAGGGGGUGACUUGCUCUUUAAUGAUGCUUCAUGCCUGACACAAAUAUUUUCAGAUUUCCAAAACACCAAGCAAAUUUAGUUUUGAAGUAAAAUAACAAACCAAACGUGAAUCCAAGUGAUUCAGAUUUGCCCUGGGGUUUGCUAGGUGUGGUCAGCCACCUCGUGUCAUCUGAUCAGGAUGUGAAAUGAUGUAUUUGUAGUUUAAACUUCAUCUUGUAAACGUUUAUAGCUUGCAAAGUUUAAAUAUCUUAAUAUAUACAAAAAUAAAGAUCGUGUCAAGUGA